AUCACUAACUCCGCGGUCACACCGUUUUUUGUGGAAAAACAUACAGGGCCUCGAGUGAAAAGCAGCGCCAGCUGCUGCUACAAAGCACUAAACAAACUAAAAGGCCAGGCGCAAACACCGGACAGCCCCAGCCAUUAACUGCAACAAUAUCCAGCAGCCCCCCUGUUCCAGUUUAUCCGCACGGACAGUGAAGUCAAUCAAUCAACAGAGUCGCCAGUCAACCAAAAGCAAACUUACAAUGGCCAGCAGCAGAACUGAAAAAGUACACUUGACAUAAACUGUGAUUAUGAGUUCCACAAAAUCUCAAGUAGCCCUAGCUACAAAUAUUCCAACCAAUAUAUCCUCUGCCGCUUCUGCCUCAUCAUCAGCGGCCGCUGCGGCCGCCGUUGUAGUUGUUGCCAGUGCGAGUGCCAGCAACGCUGCCGACGUUGCCCCAAAUACCCCUCAAACAGCAACAGGAUUAGCAGCUGGAGGAGGAGCUGUAACAAUCACAGGAUCGGGAUCAGGUUCAGGUUCAGGAUCUGGAUCUGGAUCAGGUGCUCCAUCUUCAGCAACGGCAGCCAUCACCUCAUCGUCGGUUGUGGCCACAGGCUCAACGGUAACAGCAAGUGCAACAAACAGCAACAACAACUGUGAAGAUUCUCAAAGCGGAAACGGAAACGGCGGUGCUGCCAAUUUGGGAAGACAAAAUAGUUUUGGCAAUCGACGAGGUAACAUGAAGGGCAAACAUCUCACACGCAGUCAUGCCAUGCGUGAGUCCACAUCGCCUCCACGCACGCCAACGCCGAGAGCUGCCUCCGAGCCGCAACAACAGCAGCAGCAGUUCCAGGGGGAACCCAACGAGCACAACAACAACAACAAUAAUAACAAUAACAACAACAACACCAAUAAUAAUAACAGCAACAGCAAAGCACAAUCAUCCGGAAUUCGGGGUAAUUCCCCGCUAAUGGAGACACCUGCCGUGAUUGUCACUAGUCAGCAACAGCAGCCACAGCAACAGCAACAGCAGCAACAGACGCCGCCAAAGCCGCCACAGAACAUGCCACUCAGCAAUGAGGCAGAGUUCCCAAAGUUGUCGCCUCCGAAGAAAUCUGGCGGAGGACAGCACAAUCGCACCAACAGCAAUGGCAGUGGCAUGGAGUACACCAAUAAUAAUAACAACAAUAACAAGAAAUUCGUGGUGGAUUUGAAGGCCAAUGGUCUGGACAACAACAAGCAUCACAGCAACAGCAACAACAGCGCCGCCGCGAAUGUCAUCUAUAAUUCGGGAAUGAACUACAAGGCGGCCGAUCGCCACGAGCGCCACGAACGACAUGAGAUGUCCAGCCAGAAUAGUAAUCUCAGCAAUAACCAUGACGAGGAGAACUACCACUACGAGGGUCCGAGAGGCGGAGGCGGUGGCGGUGGCAAGAAGCAUCGCGCCAAUACCAAUUCGAAGGGAAACAAGCCCCGCUUGAAGAACAUUGGAGGCAGUUCGUCCGGCAGCAUUGAUGGGGGAGGAGAACGCGAACGCGGUUUCGGUGGAGGUGCCAAUGGAGGAGGCGGUGGCGGCGGCGGCGGUGGCGGCAUGCCCAACAAUUGCAAUUCAAACAAUUCGAGCAACAACACAUCGGGCUUCAUAUCGCGCGUCUUUCAUCAAUCAGAGAACUCGAGCGAGCACUACACCGACUUUGGCGGCACCGAUCUGCUGAUGUUCUUUCGCGAUACGCUCAAUAAGAAUCCCAAGGAUCGCAAUAUACUCUUGAAAAUCGAGAAAGAUCUUAUCGAUUUCAUACAGGAUAAUGGACACGAUUGUGAGUUCCGUUUUCCACCAGCUUCCUCGUACAAUCGUAUGCUGAUCCAUCGCACGGCCGCGUUUUUCGGGAUGGAGCACAAUGUAGAUACAGAGACACAGCAGUGCGUGAUUGUGGCUGCCACAAAGGGUACACGCAUACCCGAGAUCCGCUUCCAAUCGCUAGUGCGCGAUGAUGUACGCAAGUCAAUUCUCAAGCGGGACACACACAGCUUCGAUGAGGUACGCCAGUCGCCGUAUCUCUGUCCCGAGCGUGUGAUGCUCGACCGGAAGGCCAAGAGCUUUGAGGAGCGCGAGGAGGAUUAUGAUCGGGCGCGUAGUCGCAUCUUCAGUCGCACCGGCACUCAGGACUAUGGCGAUGAGGAUUGCUAUGGCGGAUGGGAGCAGCAGCAGCAGCAGCAGAAGCAGUCACAACCACCGCGGCCCAAGCGGCCCAAUGGAAAGAUGCUGCAAAUGCAGAAUUCGACGGAAUCACGUGAUGGCAUGCGUUCUGGCGGGGCAGUGCCCAAGUCCCAUAACUUUGGCAACUAUGGUGGACCGCCCAGUGCUGGUGGUCCAGGAGGCAAUGGCGGUGGCAACUCUUUGCCGCGCGGCGACUCCAGCAACUCGAUCAAAAGCGGACGCGGGGGCUUUGCCAAACAGGACUCGACCGGCAGCAACAGCACUGCCUGGCGGCUGUCUCCUUCCAGCAGUGGCUACAAGACACGCACCCAGUCGGUGCGCUCCGAUUCCGUCACGCCCUCGCCCACCGGCUACGGCAGCGACCGGCAGACACCGGAGCUCAGUCAGCCGCUCCCGAAUCGCAUGGGAAUGGGAUUGGGAUUAGGAUUGGUAGGGGGUGGCGGCGGAGGCGCCUCUUCGUACCAGCAGCAGGCAGCAGCAGCAGCAUCCACAACAGCAGCAUCAGCUGCAGCAUCGUCUUCGUCCUCAUCAUCGUCGGCGUCAUCGGCGUCCAAUUGCUCAGGGACAUCAUCGGGACUGGUGUGGGCCGUCACAGACAUUUCGAAUGUGCCAAUUGGCAGCCUCCUCAUUGAUCCGCAAACCCUCCAACCAAUUGUCAAUGCAGACGGUUCCAUCUACCACUACGACCCGUCCAAUUUGCCGCCCAAUCAGGCGCUCCAACAUGCGGGCAACCAGUACCAGUCGGUCAACAACAACUCCGGCAACUACUCCAACUAUCGCAGGUCGUCGCCACACCAGCCUCAGCCACCCCAACAGCAGCAGCAGCAGCAGCAGCAUCACCAGCAGCCGCCACAGCAACAGUUGCAGCAGCAACAGCCACCUCCACAGCAGCAGCAGCAGGUGUAUGCCACAAAUGAGCUGUCCUGCAGCUCCACAGAGAGCUACGCCGAGGAGGUUCAGUCGCCGGGUAUGGAAUGCUCCGAGGGUUACGAAUCUGGUUACAUGGUCAGCGAACAGCAGCCGCUGCCACAGCAGCAGCAACAGCAACAGCUCCCAGUGCAGCCGCAACAGCAGUCGCUUCCACAGCAGCAACAGCAAAUCCCACAGCAGCCGCUGGUGCCACAACAGCCGGUGCUCGCACAGCAGCAGCCACAGCAGCAGCAGCCCACGAUCCCACAGCAACUGCCACAACAGCAGAUACCACUGCUGCCACAGCAGCUUCCGCAGCAACAGCAACAACAACAACUGCCCAGCAAUGACGUCGUCAGCAUCAAGCCGGGCGACGAUUGUGAUAGCAGCCUGGCCAGUGCCACGGCCUGCCUGAGCAUUACGACCUCGACCUCCACCAAGAACUACGAUCGAAUUGAGGUGCAAAAGUACAAGAAUCAGGCCACGAGUCCGAAUAUACCGGCCUGCUGUGCCGCCGUCGAGAAGGAAAUGGAGGCAGCCGCCAUCGAGGAGGAAGAGCCGGAUGAGCCCCUGCCGGCACCAUCCACCUCUGCAUCGUCCACGUCGUCCUCGGGCACUGCCGAGAUGCCGCCCAGCAGCAGUCAGACACCGCUGCCAGUCGUCGUUGCCGCGCAGAUGAACUGCGAUGUCCAGUCUGUGUCGCCCAGCUCGACGCCCUACAGCCAGUGCGAGGCUAAGACCGUCAGUCAUUUGCAGUGCAUCAGCCAGGGCGUGGCCGUCGAGGAGCCAAAGACCACCUGGACGUACACGCAGAGCUACCAGGCGCCAGAUGGAUCCACGGUCUUUCACACCACAACCACCCCGAACGGGGCGACUCCUUACUGCGCCACCACAUAUCAGCAGGGGCCCGACGGCAACAUCUAUGCGGUGCCCCAGGGUAUGGUGUAUGCCGCCUAUCCGCAACCGGGUGUGACCAGCGCCGGUGCCGGCUCCCAGCCGCUCUUCCAACUCACGACGAGCACCCAUCCGCCCGGACAAACGCUGUUCGCCUCGCCGGAGGCCGGCGGUGAGCUGUCCGGCGGCACCUACAUGAUACCUGUCUUCGAUCCGGCCCAGCAGCAACGCGAAGGUCUCAUCCAGGCCCAGGCCAUCUACCAGGCGGGACCGGGUGGACCGGCCACCGCAGUGAUGCCAAUGCCCGCCGCAGCGGCCUAUCCGGGAGCACAGUUUGCGGCCGCAGGUCCCAACGGGGCGCCCAUCUACCAGGCGCCGCUGAUCUACUCCAGCGAACCGGGUGGCCCGCAGCUGCAGCAGCUGCCGAUGGCCUCGUAUCCGUUCCAAUACUCCUACCCGUACUACCACCCGAUACCCUACUACGUGCCGCAGCAAGCGGUGGCUACCGCGCCAAUGGUGCCCACUGCCCAGCCGCUAGGCGGACAGGGAGCCCCAACCCAGGCACUGCCGGGCCAGAGUCAGCCGGGGCAUGCGACUGCCUUAGCGGCUGGACCGCCCACGGUGUCAGCAGCCCAGCAGCACCACCACCACCAACAGCAGCAGGCCGGCAACGGGGGACAAGUGGUGACCCCGGCCUACAUGACUGGCGGCGGAGGAGGAGGGGGCGGUGGUGGAGGUGCCCGGGUGAAGCGCACGCCCGGUGGCGGCUCCAUUCACUACAAUCCCAGCUACCCGCCGACGUCAGUGGGUCACGCCAGUGCGGCCCAUCACCCGGGUCCGGGCGCAACACAGAUCAUCGCUGCUCCCUCUGGAGGCACCACAACAUAUCAUGCGCUCCCGACGCUGACCCUGGCCCAUGGCGGAGCGGCGGGCAGUCAAGAUCUCAAUGCCGCUGCCGCAGCGGCCGCGGCUGGCGCCCAUUGCUACAUUCUGCCAGCGCAGCACGCCACGGCCCCGAUCCCAACGAACAUCUACCCCUAUGCGGCGGCAGCAGCAGCUGUCGGCCAGGCGGGAUCUCAGCCCGGAGCACAGUUGGUGCAGCAGCAGCAGCAGUCACUGUCCCAAUCCCAGUCGGCUCCGCAUCACACACUGAUCACGGCGGGUCCCUUCUAUCCGGCGGGAGCGGGAUCCGUGGAUCCGGGAGCCUCACAGUCGGCUCCGAGUACGCCCGCUGCCCCAGGUCGUCAGGCGCCGUUGUUCAGCACUCCGCCAGCUCCGAAUAACAGCAGCACUGGCAGCAGCAGCGGCGGCGCAGGAGGAGGCGGCGGCGGCGGUGGUGGCUACCACAGCAACAGUUCCACGCCGCACUACUACCAGAGCAGCAACGAGGGUGGCUAUUCCACGUCCUAUGAGAAGCGCAACAACAACGGGGGCGGCUCAUCCGGUCCCCCGCGCAAGCCGUACCAUCCGGGCGGCUACAAUCCUCGGCAUUCGGUGCCACUAAGCGGUAUUCCGUCGGGCGCUAAGACUCCGCUGCUGAACUCAAACAACGAGCCUACGCCCCGUGCCUCGCCCAGCAUCAGCCUGGGCGGUGGAGGAGGAGGCGCUGGUGGACCCCUUUCCUCGUCAGCCCCGCCCUACCACCAUCGCGGACCGCCGCCGCAUGUGAUGAACAAGCGCGAGGGCAAGCCCAAUCAGCUGCCUCUCAUCAGUGGACCACCGCCCAGCUACGCCCCGCCCUCGAACCCGGGCGGCAGCGGAGGGGGCUCUAGCUACGAGUCCAAGCCGCCCGUGCGACUCAAUGCGGCAGCCGCCAGCUUCCGCAGCCAAAAGUCCAUAAACACGGACUACCGGCGCAGCGUCUCGCAGAGGAAUUCGCCCAGCGCCAAUGGCGGAGGCGGCGGGGGCAAUGGCAGCCACGAGAGCAGCAACAAUUCGCCGAACAGUAUUGUCAGCAGCAACAACAACAGUGCCGCCAACACCCCGAAUGCCACUCCAGCUUCCACGCUGGUCAGCCAUACCGGCGGUUAUGUCGUCCUCGAUCAGGCCAUGGGCGCUGCCAUGAACGCCUCACCACCCUCGAUCUACAUGGGAGGUGGCGGCGGCGGCGGUGGCUCGAAUGGCGGCGGCAACAAUGCUGGCGCCGGCGGACCACGCGCCUCGCACAUUCCAGCUCAGCUGCAUCACAGUGCCGCCGCCGCAGCAGCAGCCGGAGCAGCCGGGCAACAGGCCACAGCGGCGGUGCUCAGUGCCGCCCUCGGUGGAUUCAAUCCGAAUGGGGCGUCGGGCGUGUACUUCAAGUAUGGCCAGACGUACUUUGCACAUCCAUCGGUGGCCUUGCCCAACAGCCGACGCUCGCCGUCUAACGACAUCAGGCCGCAGAUGGCGCAGAUGGCCGGCAUGUAUCCCACAAUGAUGAUACAAGCACGUCAUCCUAGCCGUCAUCCGAAUCCCAACUACAAAGGUUCGCGUCCUCGGUAAAGCCAUCCACCGGAAGGAUGCCCACAAAAAACCCCAAAAAAAAGGAAGAUAAAGCGAAACAAAAACUACAUACACAUAACGGCAUACCUAAGAUAAAGAUAAAUAGCAACCUAAUCUAGUGGAACAUAAAGUAGAUGACAAAAAGAAAAAGGGAGUGAAAUGGAAAAGAAAAAGGAACAGAGCGCAAGCGAAAGCGAGGAGAGCAAAAGGCGAUCACCAGAGAUCUGUGGCAGAGAAGGAGAUCCGAAACAGAGAGCGAUAGCAGAUAGUUGUGGGGCAAAUAAGAGUAUUGGUAGCAGCUGGAAACAGCGAGCGCUGGGCAGGGACUUAUAACUGAAGAAUCAGAGUCAGCAAAUCAAACCAGGCCACAACACACACCACAAUCUACACAGAAUCUUCCGCAGAAAUAGAAACAGAAAAAAAAAUGGGGAAGAAAAC